AUGUAUGCUGCAUUCAUCUUACUCCUCGCAUCGGCCAUUCCCGCGGUCAACGCCCAGUCAGCUUCUUGGUCCGCAGCCUACAGUAAAGCCACAGCUGCUUUGGGCAAACUAUCUCAAAAUGACAAGAUUGGUAUGGUGACAGGCGUCGGAUGGGGAAAAGGUCCAUGUGUUGGUAACACCGCUGCACCUUCGGGCAUCUCGUAUCCAUCACUCUGUGUUCAGGAUAGUCCCCUAGGUGUUCGCUAUGCGAMCCCCGUCACAGCGUUCCCGGCGGGAACAAAUGCUGGAUUGACUUGGGAUCGGACCUUGAUGAACCAGAGAGGCGCUGCUAUUGGAGCAGAAUCCAAGGGAUUAGGUGUCAAUGUUCAGUUGGGCCCUGUGGCAGGACCUUUAGGCAAGAUCGCGCAGGGCGGUCGUGGUUGGGAAGGUUUUGGGACAGAUCCAUACCUCAGUGGUGUUGCAAUGAUCGAGACUAUUACUGGUAUGCAAAGUUCUGGUACCCAGGCAUGCGCAAAGCACUUUAUUGGUAACGAGCAAGAGUUAAACCGAGAGUCGAUGAGUUCUAACAUUGACGAUCGUACUUUACAUGAGCUAUAUCUGUGGCCCUUCGCUGAUGCCGUCCGUGCCAAUGUUGCCAGUGUGAUGUGCUCCUACAACCAAAUCAAUGGAUCAUUUUCUUGUGAGAAUGAAGCAUCAAUGACAGGCAUUUUAAAAAAGGAGCUCGGCUUUCCCGGGUAUAUUAUGUCUGAUUGGGAUGCGCAGCACACAACAGUCACUAGUGCUAACUCUGGGCUCGAUAUGACCAUGCCAGGCAGUGAUUAUAGUGAUACGCCGAGCAGUGUUCUUUGGGGCCAAAAUCUGGCUAAUGCUAUCUCAAGUGGUCAAGUUGCCCAGUCACGACUGGAUGAUAUGGUAACUCGAAUUUUGGCUGCUUGGUAUUUGGUUGGCCAGGAUCAAGGUUACCCUGCCGUUGCCUUUAGCUCUUGGAACGGUGGCCAAGCAAGUGUCAAUGUCACAUCAAACCACAACGUAGUUGCCCAUGCAGUCGCUCGUGAUUCUAUCGUUCUUCUUAAGAAUACUAACGGCACGCUUCCGUUGAAAAAACCAUCAAGCAUCGCUAUUAUUGGCACUGACGCCCAGACAAACCCUUCCGGACCAAACGCUUGUACUGAUCGUGGUUGUGAUACUGGAACCUUAGCUAUGGGUUGGGGCAGCGGAACUUGCCAAUUCCCUUACUUGACAGAUCCUCUGACAGCCAUAAAAUCUCAAGCGGCCAGCGAUGGCACUACAAUCACGACUAGCAUCAGUGACGAUGGCAGUGCUGGGGCGUCAGUUGCUCAAAACGCCGAGUAUGCAAUCGUUUUUAUCAACUCCGACUCUGGGGAAGGUUACAUCACCGUCGAAGGCGUCGCUGGCGACCGCAACAACCUCGAUCCAUGGCACAGCGGUAAUGCACUGGUACAAUCCGUUGCCGCAGUCAAUAAAAAUACCAUUGUCGUCAUCCACAGUGUUGGGCCCGUCAUUCUUGAAACCAUACUGGCGCAACCCAACGUAGUAGCGGUGGUAUGGGCCGGCUUACCAGGACAAGAGAGUGGUUCAGCCCUUACAGAUAUCCUCUAUGGAAGUACAGCUCCCAGUGGCAAAUUAACCUACACGAUUGCUAAACAAGCCUCCGACUACGGCACUGCAGUAGUCAGUGGCAACGACAACUAUCCUGAAGGGCUUUUCAUUGAUUACCGACACUUCGAUCAAAGUAAUAUUCAACCUCGAUAUGAAUUCGGCUAUGGACUGUCAUAUACAACCUUUGGCUACACAAACUUGGCAAUUGGUAUUACGGUUUCUACUGGCCCGACUACAGGUCAAACUGUCCCCGGUGGACCUUCUGAUCUUUUUGCGUCUGUUGGAACUGUUACGGUGCAGGUCACAAACACAGGCAGCGUCGCAGGAUCAGAAGUUGCCCAACUCUAUAUUGGAUUACCAUCGUCAGCACCGUCAUCGCCGCCAAAACAGUUGCGUGGGUUUGAUAAGCUUUCCCUCGCUGCUGGAGCUAGUGGUACAGCAACUUUUGAUUUGACACGAAGAGAUUUGAGUUACUGGGACGUAUCACAGCAAAAGUGGGUGGUUCCAAGCGGAGCAUUUACCAUAUAUGUUGGAGCGUCUAGUAGGGAUAUCAGAUUGCAGGGGACAUUUACGCACUUCGGCUACUACCAGCACAUCGGUUACUACCAGCAGCAGUACUACGAUAAAGACUACCACAACUAG